CAGAGCGAGGUGCGCUGCAGCUUUAUAAAGCCAUCUGCUGCUGAGCCUUCCUGUUCACCGUCUCCUACUGUCCUAGGAAUCAUUGACCCGAGCUGCAUCCUCUGCAUCUACAACAAACCGUGAAGAUGGCGGCCCGGACCAUGCAAGCGGCGCGAUGCCCGACAGAUGAGCUCUCGCUGACUAAUUGUGCCGUGGUGAACGAGAAGGAUCUGCAGUCAGGACAACAUGUGACUGUGAAGACCACACCCAACCACAAGUAUGUGUUUACAGUGAAGACCCACCACACCGUGGCAGCUGGAAGCAUCGCCUUCAGCCUGCCGCAGAGGAAAUGGGCCGGUCUCUCUAUUGGCCAGGAGGUGGAAGUGGCCAACUUUAACUUCGACAAGUCCAAGCAGUGCAUUGGCGCCAUGACAAUCGAAAUUGACUUCCUGCAGAAGAAGAGUACCGACUCCUCCCCCUACGACUCGGACAAGAUGGCAGCGGAGUUCAUCCAACAGUUCAACAACCAGGCCUUCUCCGUUACCCAGCAGCUCGUGUUUAGUUUCUGCGACAAGCUGUUUGGCUUGAUGGUAAAAGAUAUAGAGGCCAUGGAUGCCAGCAUCCUCAGAGGAGAGCCAGCUUCUGGAAAGAAACAGAAGAUUGACAACGGACUGAUGGUGGGCAACAGCCAGGUGAUUUUUGAGAAGGCAGAGAGUUCAUCCCUCUCACUAGUUGGUAAGGCAAAGACCAAAGAGGCCCGACAGUCAAUCAUCAACCCAGAGUGGAACUUUGAGAAGAUGGGAAUCGGAGGUCUGGACAAGGAAUUCUCCGCCAUUUUCCGCAGAGCCUUCGCUUCCCGAGUCUUCCCUCCAGACAUUGUGGAGCAGAUGGGGUGUAAGCACGUGAAGGGCAUCAUGCUGUUUGGGCCUCCAGGCUGUGGUAAAACUCUGAUGGCCAGGCAGAUUGGCAAGAUGCUCAACGCCCGCGAGCCCAAGGUUGUCAACGGUCCCGAGAUCCUCAACAAGUACGUGGGAGAGUCUGAGGCCAACAUCCGCAAACUGUUCGCUGAUGCGGAGGAUGAGCAGAAGAGGCUGGGAGCCAACAGUGGCCUCCAUAUCAUCAUCUUUGAUGAGCUGGACGCCAUCUGCAAGCAGAGAGGCACGGGCGCCAGCAGCACGGGCGUGCACGACACCGUGGUCAACCAGCUCCUGUCUAAGAUUGACGGCGUGGAGCAGCUUAACAACAUCCUGGUCAUCGGUAUGACCAACAGGCCUGACCUGAUAGAUGAUGCCCUGAUGAGGCCUGGCAGGUUUGAGGUCAAGAUGGAAAUCAGUCUGCCAGAUGAGAAGGGCCGUGUCCAGAUCCUGACCAUCCACACCAACAAGAUGCGAAGCUUCAACCUGAUGGCUCCCGACAUCGACAUCAAGGAGCUGGCAGCCGAGACUAAGAACUACAGCGGUGCGGAGCUGGAGGGGCUGGUCAGGGCCGCUCAGUCCACCGCCAUGAACCGACACAUCAAGGCCACAUCUACAGUGGAAGUGGACAUGGAGAAGGCAGAGAAGCUACAGGUCACCAGAAGUGACUUCUUUGGAUCCCUCAACAAUGACAUAAAACCUGCGUUUGGUACAAACCAGGAGGAUUACUCCAGCUAUAUCAUGAACGGCAUCAUCAAAUGGGGCGACCCGGUCACUCACGUCCUGGAUGACGGAGAGCUGCUGGUGCAGCAGACCAAGAACAGUGAUCGCACACCGCUGGUGGCAGUGCUGUUGGAAGGCCCACCCCACAGUGGAAAGACAGCCUUGGCAGCUAAGAUUGCAGAGGACUCGGACUUCCCCUUCAUUAAGAUCUGCUCUCCAGCCACGAUGAUUGGACACUCAGAGAUCUCCAAGUGCCAGGCAAUCAAAAAGGUCUUUGAUGAUGCUUAUAAGUCACAGCUCAGCUGUGUGGUGGUGGACGACAUCGAGCGUCUGCUGGACUACGUCCCCAUCGGGCCUCGUUUCUCCAACCUGGUGCUCCAGGCUCUGCUGGUGCUGCUGAAGAAAGCGCCGCCAAAGGGCCGGAAGCUGCUCAUCAUCGGCACCACCAGCAGGAAGGAUGUGCUGCAGGAGAUGGAGAUGUUGGACGCCUUCAGCACCACCAUCCACAUCCCAAACAUCUCCACUGGGGAGCAGCUAGUCGACGCUUUAGAGCUGCUGGGGAGCUUCACGGAUAAAGAGCGGGCAAGCAUCGCACAUCAGCUCAAAGGGAAGCGAGUCUGGAUCGGCAUCAAGAAGCUCCUCGUGCUCAUCGAGAUGUCACUGCAGAUGGACCCGGAUUACAGAGUGACCAAGUUCCUGACUCUGCUCAGAGACGAGGGGGCGUUGAACGAAGGCGAUCAAAUCCGAAUUUAAGGUGUUGGUCGCUCUCGCUGUGCACUGUGAUCGCAGCUUCUACGAAUAGAGGGGCCCGGAGGAGUGAAGCAAGCAUCUCGCCACCAACAUGCCACCCAUUGGACAAAAUGAGGAAGAGGGGGAGAAGAAGAAACAACCUCCCUCUUGUGCAUCCGUCCGUCCGUCCGUCUAUAAACAAACACCUGGUCAAAGAGAGGAAACACACAAGUUAUCUCAGCAUGCUUCCGUAGACAACAACACCGUAUCACCGCCCCUCCUCCUCCUCUUCAUCGCCAUCAACUUUACUUAUCGACAUAUCACAGCAAACUACUGGAAGUCGUACUGUUUAAAAAAAAGUCUGUUGUGUGUAAAGAAAUUGCAAUAGAUGAUUGUAAAAAAAAAAAAAAGUGCUGUUUUGUGCAUCGUGCGGAAAAAUAACCCAAAAAAAGAGCCAUGUAUGUUUUCAGGUAUCGUAUUUGUUGUAUUCGUUGCAUAUCCCUCGUCCUGCUAAAGAUAGUUGUUGUUUUACGAUAUGUAUCCUCACAAGCAGAGCAAACAGAAAACAACUGACACAACUCCCCAAGCCAUUUGAAUAUUUAAGAUUUGAAUCUAUGAGAGGCUUUAAGUGAAUAUGUAGUGGCUAUAAAAACAAUGUUCCAUGUGUAAAUGUAAACCCUUUAAAUAUACGGUAUGUAACUCGUUCAUGUUCUGUACAUAGUAUAUAUAGACAAAAUACAGUAUGAGAAUAAUUUAAACGAUCAGUCUCAAGUCUAAAGUAUAUCAGUAUGAUUCUUCUUCCCUAUUGAUCCGGAGAUGUUGACUUUACCAGGUGACUGUAAUAGUGAAAGUAAAUGUUGGGUUGUUGGCCUGUCUGUCUGUGUUUCGUACAGUACAGUAGCUACGGCAUCAUCAGUGUUAAAGAUAUAUAUUCUGCACUUUUAACAUCGACUCAAAAAAAAACUUUAGUACUUAUCUCAGCAUUUUUUUUUUUUUUUUUUGUCUGCUCGUGUGCAUGUGUGGGGAACCAAACGCUGCAUGUGUCUGGUGUGUCAGAGCGUGUGUUUGUGUGUGUGAGUGUGUGUGUGUGUGUGUGGGUGUGUGGUGGCAGAACGUGCUUUUGAAUGUGAGCAUGUGUGUGUUUUUGAAGCUAGGUUUAGACAGUCGGUGGUUAAUUUGUGGGGUUUUUUCUCAUGUCAUGUGUUUUAGUGCUUAUUGUCCAAAGUUCUUGUUUUGUUCUGACCAUUGAUGAUAUGUGUGUGUGUGAGGGUGUGUGUGUGUGUAAAUAUAUAUCAACAUGCAGAUGUAUUAUUGCAAUAAAAAGCACUGAUGCACAGGAAAAAGAAA